AUGGCCAGCCCCAUCAUUAUGGCCAGCCCCAUCAUCAUGGCCAGCCCCUCACGUGACACGUCAGCGGCGUCGUUGUUCGCUCCAGAGCCUGCUGAUUCAGCCAUUGUGGCUUGGCAGACCCGCUGCUUGCGACGAGGAGGCAGCUCGCUCGUUCUCAUUUCUCUCUCCACCACCCCCUGUUCAGCUUCAAAUCAAGCCUUCUCACGAGCGCAUUCCUUUUGGCCCUUUUGCGUGAUAUCAAACAUCUUGAUACUGCUUCGAACUAUUCGAUUUCCACGCUCCUAUUCUCCUCCGUUGCUUGCUGCCUAG